CUUGGCAUGGCAUUUCCACAGCAUUCCACGGCUGGGCAGAUCAUGCGAGUCCAAGUAGUGGUGGAGCUGCUUCCACAGCGCUCGACGGUGUGCCUCUCCUUCGAUCAAUGUGACGUGACUGCAGAACAUGUCAAGACGCAGCUGAAUAUUCAAAUGUGUGUCCCCAUGAGCCUUGUUCAACUCCUCCACGGAACAACGCUCCUGGGCAACUCGUGCGAAGUGCCCCAUGCUCCAAAUGUCCUUCGUGCAGUAUGUGGUCGCGGUCUUUCGGGUGGGAAAGGCGGGUUUGGUGCCAUGCUUCGCAGUCAAGGCAAGGGCGCGGGGGCCAAAGCAACACGAGACUUUGGGUCGUGCCGCGAUCUCAGUGGCCGUCGCUUGCGCCACGUGAACCAAGAAAUCGCCAUCAAGAAGUGGAAUGACGAAGAAGGACUCCGUGCGCAGCGCAAGAAGGAUGGCGUGGAAGACCGUGAGCUUCCAAUGGAGGAGACCCCGAGCGGCAUUGCUGGGUGGCACUUGAGUACUCCGACGUGGGCCGAAGGGUUUGGGAAAAAAGCGUCAUCUCGCAUGAAGAGGAAACGAAAAACGGUCAUGUGCACGAGUUGGAUCCAAGCCCGAGCGCGGGCGACACCUCCGCCAGGUGCCCGACGCGACUGGGGGUGCCCCCGCGGCCGCAACUGCAACUACGCCCACGGAGAAGAGGAACUGCGUGGCGAAGAGCUGACAUUGUACAAGCAGCAGCAAAAAGAGAAAGCUCAGCGCGAAACGGACCAAGCUCGGGAGCAUUACGUUCACGCAAUGGCCCCCGCCGACAUUGAAGCCGACGUGAAUGACGCGUUUUUGGCAGGUUUGCGGCAGCGCAAGGCCCUUCAAGCGUCUCAAGAUGCGAUCAAGCUCGAGCUACAGACGAAGAUGGUGUACACCCCUGGCGAUACCAAGUGGGGCACGUCGACCCUCGCGUCUCGCGCCGGUGCCUGGCUCGUCCCGCUCAACGGGAACGUCCAUGUGGAGCAGUCGACACCCGAGCUCAACGCGACCGUCGAAGGCCGAGGGACGUUUGGGACGGCCACCGUGUUUGGAUGUGCGCUGCAUCAAGGCAAAUGGUACUACGAAGUCGAGCUCGUGACCUCCGGCGUGAUUCAGCUGGGGUGGGCCGACGCAACGUUCGAAGCGGAUGACGACGAAGGCGACGGUGUCGGGGACCACAUCGCGUCCUGGGCGUACGAUGGAUGUCGGCAGGUCAAGUGGACAAACGGCGAAUCGGUCGAAUUUGGAGACAUGUGGAGCGCAGGCGAUGUGAUCGGGUGCGCUGUCGACAUUGGAGCUGGCGAGAUUUCGUUUUCUCGAAAUGGCGUGCCGCUGGGGGUGGCGUUCGUUGGCAUCGAGGCGAGUGAAGCGUCGAGUGUGCAGACAGGUGGGCUCUUCCCAGCGUUCAGCUUGGAGGAGCACGAGCGCAUUCGAGUCAAUAUUGGCGACCACAAGCUAUUGCACAUACCCGACUCGUACUUGCCCGUGUUGAACGCGUUGGUGGGAGAGACUGCACCACCCUCAUGCGAACGUGUGUGCCAUGCGAUCCCUGCUCCCAUGGUCGCCGUGGCGUCCCCGCAGAAAUUUGUGCUGCCUGCGGACGCAGGAAUGUCCCUUCCCUCCCCAACCAAGGACACGGUGCAGCAAAACGACAAAUGUCCUCACGUUGCAGACGAAGUGGAAGGGGUGCUGGAAGAUUUGAUGUCGUUCGAGUCCAUCGAUGACCUGAAAGCGCUUGGGAUGGACAAGCUGAAGGACCAACUCAAGCGUCGUGGGCUCAAGUGCGGGUAUGGCACUUGAGAAAUGGAAAUUGUGUACGUCUGUAUGGUAGGGGCACAUUGGAGCAGCGCGCCGAGCGAUUGUUUUCGAUUCGAGGCAAACACGCACAGGACAUUCCUGGCAGCGUCAAAGCCAAAGCGUAAACAGAAUACGCCACAUCCAGCAUAUGUGAAAGCCAAGGCGAGGAUUCGAGUCCACAUCGUUCUGUUGUACAUGCACUAAUUUUGCCACGUUCUUCUAAUGAUGAUGGUGCUUUGGACCCACGGG